GGAGGGGUGGGUGCGCGGUGAGAGUGAAAGGAAAAGACGCGAAAGGAACUCCUGAGAUUAGGCAUCCCGGCUUACACUCCUCGAAACGUCCUAUGUAGUCUCUCACUCAAAUCUUUGAGAAAAUUAGAACUUUUGGGGAACCGUCUGGUCUCUCUACAACGCAAUUUAUCGAUUUGCUUGAAGGGUUAUGCGCGUCCCCAACACCAAGCAAGUGUUGGUUCUGAGUGGUCGGCCCCGCAUCUUUCAUUCACAGCUGCCGCAGCAGUAGCAAGGGUUGCUUUCGGCGGGCAGUAAGUUGAAGGUUCAAGGCUUUGUUAGUUACCAUUCGUUAUUCAAGAUGGCCAAACAGUGGAUGGGUUUCACAAUAUCUAUCGAUUGUGGUCCUAUGGGCAAGUUUCAAGGUGUUGUGACAGCUGUGGAAGCAGAGCCCCAAAGCGUAACUUUAAGCAGAGUUUUCCACAAUGGAAUACCUCAUACUUCACCGUCCAUUGUUAUCAGUGCACAUGACAUCAAAGAUCUCACAAUAAUUGCUGCACCCCAAGCUCAAAUUGAUCCCAUAGUGAAGCUUAAGAAACCUAUCCCCACUCGUCCUGAGCGUAAUGUGAACGAAGGGGUACAGAACUUCCAUUCACAGCCAGCUCCUCCUAGAGCGUUACAUCUGGCUGGCUCUGAUUUUGAUACGCAGAAGGCAGCUGCUCUAUUAGGUUGUGAGCAAGGAGCCCAUCAAUCAAAAAGCCAAGCUCUUCCCAAAAUUGGCAAUGGUCUGCCUUUGGAGCUAAAUGGUCUACAAGCAGCACUCUACGACGCAUUGAAAGUUAGCAACAGCAAUCAGGUUGUCUCAUCUGCCGCAGCUCCUGCUUCUCUACAUACCGCAGUUAAGUUGAGUGCUGCACAAACUGUGUCUCAGCGAGCUCUACAAUUGGGCAGACAGCAAUCUGCUCAAGCUGCUAGAGAAACACAAACUAUGGCCGCACCUCAUGGAGGGUUCAAAAUGACUGCAGCACUGAGCUCGAACGGACCAGCUUCUCCCCAGAAAGCAGGGCUGUUACAUUUCAACCAAGCUCCUUCUGUAGGGUCAGGAAGCAUGAAGCUAGGUGCUCAAGCACCCUUCCAAGCUGAGAGCCCAAUUUCUCCUCAGAAGGCCAGGCCAUUAAAUGAAUCGCAAGUAGCUCUUUCUUUUGGUUCUGGAUCUGGUGCUCAGGCAUUGAAGGCACCUAAACCAUCUCAAACUUCCUCUCUCAAGAACCUACUGCUGAAUGCUACAGAAGCACAUUCAUUAGGCUCAGCCACUCAAGCUCUUUUACGGGGAAACCAAACUCAAAUGUUGUCCCAAGGCGCUGUCGCUCUCCCUAGAUCUCAAGGAUCUCCCCAGAAGAAUGCUCAUAAAUAUCAGCAACAGGGAUUUCAAGCUGCUCUCAAUUCAUUGCAAGUGAAUACAGAUGGAUAUGCUUCUGGCUCGGGUGAUGGUAACCGCACUCCGAAUAAGAGGGACAGACUGCGUCAGCGGUGGCAGGCGCGGGAUGAGGCUUGCUUUGGAUCUCCUGCUAAUGAUCAAGAGUUUGAUGAAGAAUUUGAUUUUGAGAAGAAUCUGGCAUUAUUUGACAAACAAGCAGUUUAUGAUGAGAUUGCUGUUCAAAGACCUGAUCUCGUGCAACCUGCAAAUGAUCAGAGGAGGCAACAGAACUACAGGCAUGAUCAAAAUAUCUUAGUAAACAAUCGAAGAAUUCCUUCCAUCAUUGUUCCUAACCCGGGUUCAGCUGAAUAUGUAACAGAUGAAGGCCUCAUUAUUCCAAGUAUGAGACCAGAACUACUGAGGCAACUGCAUCAGAAAGCGCACGAUGUUGGAUUUACAUUUGACCGACAGUCUGAAGUCUUUGCCAGGUGUGCCACAGAAAUGUCCCUUCAGUUGUUAGGUGGCGCUCACAGGCUGAACCCUCACAACUCCCACCAAUGGCCCACUGUCAUUGUGAUGGUCGGCCCACACAGCCAGGGCGCUGCGGGAGUCAUGUGUGCCCGGCAGUUGGAAUGUCAAGGAGUGAGCACGGUGACUCUAGUGGUGAACGAGGCUGCUGCACCCCCACUCAUGAAGCGAGAGCUCAACUUCUACAAGUGUGGUGGUGCCCCCAUUGUCAACAACACUGAUCAACUGCCAGACACUGUGGAUUUAGUUAUCAUGGCUCUAGCUGGGCAUUUGCCAACGGACGUGUCCAACUCCUUGGAAUACGGAAAGGCAGCCUCCUGGGCCUGUAACAAGCGAGCCCCAGUUCUGGCACUUGAUCCUCCUCCUGUUGGAACUCCGGGCAUCAUCACGAAAUUCGCUCUAGCACCAACACUCCCUGUGACAUAUUCUCCACAAAAUGGUAAAGUGUAUCUCUGCAAUCUGGGUGUCCCGAUUGUUGUUUUUAAGGAAAUGGGUAUCAGGUAUCGUUCUCCAUUUGGCUCCAAAUUUGUCAUCCCAUUGCAUCCAAACGACGAGUAAUUUAAAAACUAUCUUGUUUUUCGAUUAAUUUCUGCAUCAUAGGCUGUAAUAUGGAUUGUAGCCACCAAACCAGCAUCAUUUGUGUAAUGAAACCUGACUUCUCAGGUAAUUGAUUUAACUUAUUCAGCACGUCAUACAAACAACCUUGACUAUGUCUUAUUUGUUAAUUAAUUUUUUAUUCAUAUGUUAUUGUACACAAUGGCUUCAUCUAGUCAUAUUUUUUUCCUUACUAAGAGACUGUUAAUAUGAAUUUUGAAAUCAUAAGAAUGGAACCUUGCACCUGCUUAAAUGUGAGUUGAUAACCUUCCCUUUCUUUUUGAAAGCAGUUUUCUCCCAUUUGUUUCCCCUUUCCCUCCUAUUUUACUUCAUGUGAUAUUGGAUUAGGUGUUAAAGUUCAUCUAAUACAUUACUGACUUAGUGCAAUGAGCAGACCUGUAAUAGAAACCUAGUAUAUUUGUAUAUUUGAAACAAUUAUAUUUUAUCCAGGAAAUUUAAUUUAGUGUGUUCUUUGGUAAUGUUUUGGAACUAUGAUUUCCUAUAAAAGUGCAAUAUGGAUUGAUAAAAUCUCUGAAUAUUUAUAUCUGUGAAUAUUUAUUUAGUAUAGGUGUAGGUAAUAGGCUAGUGAUCCUUGGCCAAAUUAAGUUCAAUCAUCUCUUAAUUUUUAAAUGAUUUUUCUGAAAUUUUUAAAAACCUUUUUCUUUGCCUGUUUUUCAUUUAUUAUUUUUUUUCAUGUCUAAUUUAUCAAAUACUGUACUGCAAGUACUUGUGCCUUUCAAAAUGUUGAUGUAGCCUGUAAAAUUUAAGAACUUGACAGAAUAGCACUGCUGUGGUUGCUCUUAUUUUAUUACUUGCCUGUAUUUUUCAUGCUGUUUGUGAAAUGUGUUGUUACUCGGUAUUUCCAGCUGUGUAGACAUUGAGAAGACAGGAAAUGCUAUUGCUACAUGUCUAAUGUGAAUUGGUUGUGGAUGUACAUACAGAUGUUGAAUUGGUUUAAGCACUUUUUGAAAGGUGGUGCAAGCAAGAAUAAUACCCACUUACAUUAAAUCACUUGGUCAAUAGUCUAAGAUAUUUCAAUAAGUGUCAUUCAUCUAUUUGGAUGUAGCAAUAGACUGCCUUCUUGAUUCUUGAGGCAUUGAAUCUGCGUUACGAACUCAUAUUGCGCGUUAGAAGAAAAAUGAACAAUAAUAAAAUAAAACAACUGGUGGAAA